CCGCUUCUCCGCCAUCUUCAACUUCCUAUUGUUUGCAUCAGACUGAGGCUGUCUGCGGUGUGUGUGAGAGCAGAAUUGGCCGCCGAUUUAUCAUUAAACAGUAGAUAUAGCCUUUACGUUCGCGGUCGCCCGAGUUCAGCACAAACCAUUUUUAUGUCAUUGGAUUAAAGACCUCUCAGGACGCGACCACUAAACCUAGAUGAUGGAGGACGAUCAACCCAAAACCUUGUAUGUGGGGAAUCUGUCCAGGGAUGUCACCGAGCCCCUCAUUCUGCAGGUCUUCACACAGAUAGGACCCUGCAAGAGUUGUAAAAUGAUAGUUGAUACGGCCGGAAAUGAUCCGUACUGCUUUGUGGAGUUCUAUGACCACAGGCAUGCUGCUGCCUCAUUGGCAGCUAUGAAUGGAAGGAAAAUAAUGGGUAAGGAGGUCAAAGUCAACUGGGCCACGACGCCAACCAGCCAGAAAAAAGACACAAGUAAUCAUUUUCAUGUCUUCGUUGGAGACCUAAGCCCAGAAAUAACUACAGAAGACGUCAAAGCUGCUUUCGGCCCAUUUGGCAGGAUAUCAGAUGCUCGUGUUGUGAAAGAUAUGGCUACAGGGAAAUCUAAGGGCUAUGGCUUCGUUUCUUUCUUCAACAAAUGGGACGCAGAGAACGCCAUUCAGCAGAUGGGUGGUCAGUGGUUAGGAGGCAGACAGAUUCGAACUAACUGGGCCACAAGAAAGCCUCCCGCCCCAAAGACCACCUAUGAAAAUAACUGCAAGCACCUAUCCUUUGAUGAAGUAGUGGGUCAGUCCAGCCCCAGUAACUGCACUGUGUAUUGUGGCGGAGUCAGCACGGGACUGACAGAGCAACUGAUGAGACAGACCUUCUCUCCUUUUGGACAAAUCAUGGAAAUCAGAGUUUUCCCCGACAAAGGGUAUUCAUUUGUGAGGUUUAACUCCCAUGAGUCAGCAGCCCAUGCCAUUGUGUCGGUGAAUGGGACCUCAAUAGAGGGACACAUAGUCAAAUGUUACUGGGGUAAAGAGACCCCAGACAUGAUGAACCCAAUGCAACAGAUGCCUAUGCCCCAGCAGAACAAGAUGAGCUUCCCAGCAGCAGCCCAGCCCUACGGCCAGUGGGGCCAGUGGUACGGCAACGGGCCCCAGAUCAGCCAGUACGUCCCCAAUGGGUGGCAGGUCCCCACCUACGGCGUCUACGGCCAGGCUUGGAACCAGCAGGGCUUCAAUCACUUACCGGCCAGUGCUGGGUGGACUGGCAUGAGCGCCAUCAGUAACGGUGGGGUUAUGGAGCCUACACAGGGAUUGAAUGGGAGUAUGCUAGCCAACCAGCCCGGUAUGGGAGCCGCAGGAUACCCCACACACUGAUAAGUGGGCAGGGGGGGAGAUUUGUCAACCAUCAGCCUCUUAUUGGCUGUACGGUGCCCCGCGGGGCUGUGUAACACCGCCUCCAUUCGUGGCAGGACUAAGACUUUUACUGGGAUGUGGAACCUAAUGGGAAGGUUGCCGUCUAUAGGAGAUGUAAAUGGGAUUUCAUGGGGGGGUUGAGGUAACGGGAGCCAGAGAGGGGCGAUUUGACCCACACAGGUAUUUACACCCUUUGUGGUAGGCAAGACUGGCCAUGAACCAGGGCUCUUACCAUUUUUAAGUUAACUGUAAAUGAGUAUAAAACUGUAAAGGAGAAACUUUUUGGAUUUUUUUUUCUGGUUUUACAAAUUGCUUCCAUUUUCACAUCUAUCUUCUCAGCCACAGAGAGGAUUUUUUUUUUAAAGAAACUGUUAAAGACGGAGUCAUGCUAAGUUAUGAACCUUAGAAAUUAUUUGAGGAAUGGAAAUCUGUUUAU